AUGUUCUCCAUUGCCUCUGCGCCGGCUAAACAGUCGGUGAGCGAGACCAUCUCCGUCUUGAGCGGGCGUCUCACUGCCACCUUACUCGAAGAUCGUCGAGCUGCCAUCCUCGGCCUGCGAAGUUUCGCCAAGGAGUACCCGGCCUCCGUGGCUUCUGGAGCCCUGCGCAGCCUCAUUGGCAGUCUCAGCAAGGACGGAGAAGAUGUGGACACUGUCAAGGUGGUCCUCGAGACCUUGCUCAUGCUUCUGAACCCAAACGAGGACAGUCCCGAAGCAUCGGAAGACAUUGCGCUAUGGCUCGCCGACGAAUUCACGCAGAGGCAGGAAAACAUCACCUUGCUACUUGAUCUGCUCGAGACAAACGACUUUUAUUCCCGGCUCUACUCGCUACAAUUGCUGACAGCUAUCCUCGAUGCUCGGACCGAGAGGACGGAGGAGUGUGUCUUUACCGCGCCCCUGGGCAUUUCACGCCUAGUUGCCAUCCUCGACGACCACAGAGAAGCGAUACGAAACGAAGCUAUAAAUUUCCUGACUUCCCUUACUCCAACUUCGCCCGAUAUACAGAAGCUUGUCGCGUUCGAAAACGCCUUUGAGAGGACGUUCAAGAUCAUCGAGUUGGAGGGCUCCCUGUCCCAGGGUGGGCGUGUCGUGGAGGACUGUUUGAUCCUGCUAGCAAACCUUUUGCAGCUGAACGCCUCGAACCAAUCGCUUUUUCGCGAAUCUGGGUGUAUAUCCUCCCUAUCGAAAUUGCUCAAGAGUACAUACGAAUCGAGUCCAGACGGAGAAGAGGUCGCUGUGUGGGCGGCGGCGCAACGGAACCGGAAUACAUAUGCUCUCUUGGCGGUACUACGCCUGUUUCUCGUCCCCGGCGCCUUGGGAACGGUCCAGAACCAGGAUGCCUUCUGGCACCAUGGUUUGUUGUACCACGCUUUACAGUUAGCGUUCGGCCACGACACGGAGAUCCAGAUCAAGGCGCAGCAGGCACUCACUGUGUGCGCCGAUAUCAUCCGAGGCAACGCUCGUUUACAAGAGAGCUUUGCGCAGCUCCAGGUUCUCACACCCUUUCCUGGGCCGUCGGGAAGCGGAGGGGCUGCGGAAGGCGAGAAAGCCAACGGUAUUCCGAAAGUGUAUGUGAUCGAUGGGCUGCUAGACAUAACCCUCAGCGUGCAUCUUGCGCAGGCCUUUGACGUCCGUAUGGCCGCUUGUGAAUGUUUAAAGGCCUACUUCCACAUUCAUGCAGAGGUGCGACUGCACUUCUUGAGGCGAGCGAUUGAAGGCCACAAGUCGGGUGCCGAUGAGACUGCUAACGUGUUGACCACGCUACUUCGACCGACUGACGAUUCCGCCUCGAGCGAUCCAUACCGCUAUUGGUUCGCGUCCAUCAUCAUGUUUCACCUGAUAUUCGAGGACCCAACUGCGAAACAAAUGGCCAUGGCAGUGACGGAAGGAGACGAGUCCAAUGGCGAAGAGGUCGUCACGAGCAUACAGACCAUCACCGCCCAUCUGCUAAGCAGCCUCAACAAAGGGGACGAUCACCGGCUUAUCACCGGCUACUUGAUGUUGCUCAUCUGCUGGCUAUUCGAGGACUUUGAUGCUGUGAACGACUUUCUAGGAGAAGGCAGUAACCUUCAAGGUUUGAUCCAGGCGGUCCUCAAAAGUACCAACAACGAAGUCAUUGUACAGGGCCUCUGCGCCGCUUUGCUGGGGGUGGUAUAUGAGUUUUCGACCAAGGAUUCUCCAAUCCCGAGGGCUACCCUGCAGCCAAUCCUAGUAGGCAAGAUGGGCCGUGAUCGGUAUAUCGACAAGCUGAACCGGCUGAGGACGUUUGCCUUGCUUCGGGAUUUCGAGGUUCUGCCCCAGAAAUCCGACCCCUCGGCUGACCAGAAAUGGCCUGACGUCUUUUUUGAUGCCGCGUUUGUUGGCUUCUUCAAGGACAACUAUUCCAGGCUCGUCAGGGCGGUAGACCGGGAUCCCGGCAUGGAAAUAUCCGUCGUGAGCAAUGGUGUGCAGCGGGGAGUCUCGCGAGAGCUAGUUGACUCGCUGCGAGCCCAGUUGGAAGAUAAGGAGCGGGCCUUGCAAGAGAGCCAGACCCAGAUGGCGUCCCUAGAAAAGCAGCUAGCCCAGGAAAAAGUUGAACUGAGGCGAGCAAAGGAAGCGGCAGCUGGGGAGCUGAGCACAGCGCAGCAGGCGCUGGAGAUAGCCCAGCAGGCCCGCGAAGAAGAGCUGAGGAAACUCCGUCGAGAGCAUCAGGCUAUUUCUGAAGACCUGCAAAAGAAGCUUGACGCCUCUCAACAAAAGCACGAGGAAGAGCUGAAAUCUACGCGCGAAGACCUCCAAAGACAGCUUGAACAUGUUCGUCGAACGGCAGAGAUGGAAGCACAGCGGCAGCAGCGCCGCGCCGAAGCCGAAGUUGCAGACGUACGAGCGACAGCCAGUCGGCUAGAGGUCGAUGUCAUGAAGGCAACCAAAUCGAAAAUACAAGAGCUGCAAUCCAUGAAGGAUUCAUAUGAAGCAAAGUUAUCCAAUGAGCGUGCGGCAGCCAAGAAGGCCGAAGCCACACUAGAAGAAACCCGGGCCCAGACGCAGGCGACGGAGCAGAAGAGGCGGGAAGCGGAGUCGGCUCUGGAGUCGGCCGAGGAGGUACGCAGGGGGGUAGAGGAGCAAGCUAAGGCUGCCAAGGCCCAGGUGCAGGAGAACAUGUCUCUCCUGAAGAAAUGCGAGGAUGAAAAACAGACAAUCCAGACCGAACUGGAUGACCUGCUCAUGGUGUUUGGUGACCUCGAAGAAAAGGUGGCAAAGUACAAGGCUCGCUUGAAAGCGCUGGGAGAGGAAGUUUCGGAAGGUGAGGAGGAGGAGGAGGAGGAGGAGGGCGAGGAUGGCUCCGACGAAGAAGAGGCUACCAAUGACGCAGACGCUGUUGUCUCUCAUUCCCAACCCACUCACUUCGAAGUGCUUGACGAGAGCCGGGCCAUCUCGGGCUGUUCUCUGCACCGCCUCCCCCAGCACAACAUCUGUUGGUCGCCGACACACAUAUCUCUUCCCACCAUGUCCAAGGAAGAAGAAGCCCACUCAGACUCGGAUGUCUCGAGCGAGGAAGGCUGGGUUGAUGCUGAUGGCGAAGAGGCCGAGGAGCAGCUCGCCAUUAUUUCGCUUCUUGAUGACCGCGUCUUUUCCGAUGCCGCCUCCAUGUUGUCCUACUGCAAGGACAAGUUCGGACUUGACUUCCUCGCGAUUCGUGAACGACUGUCCCUCGACUUUUAUGGCACAAUCAAGCUUAUCAAUUUCAUCCGCCAGAGGGUGCAUGAAGGGGUCGCCCUACCCAAGGAGAUUUCCGCAGAAGACAUUGUGGACGACCGCUAUCUGAAGCCCGUGCUUGAUGAUGAUGCUCUGAUUCUCUGCCUCGACGAGUUGCCAGACCCGUCGACAGAGUCAGUCCAUGGGGGUCUUGCCGAUGAUCCCAAUCCUCCAUCAGAGGGUGCCAGCCGAGACGCAGAGGGUCUGCUCAAGGAGAACACCCAACUGCGCGAAGAGUUGGACCGGCUAGCGAAGCAGUUCCAGAGCUAUCGUGAGGCGGUUCAGCAAACCUUGGAUCAACGAUGGGGGGAUGACGACAUCAAUGAUUCUUCAACCCCUGCCAGCAAGGGUGAUACCAAGACGAGGGGGGAUGAAUCUGAAUACUAUUUUGAAUCCUACGCCCACAACGGUCAGUGGUCCCACCCAUCUACUUCGCCCUUUAUUAGUCGUGUUCAUCCUGACAAUACAUGCGCAGAUAUCCACGAGACCAUGCUCAAAGACACAGUGAGAACCGAUGCGUACCGUGAUUUUAUUUACAACAAUAAAGAUAUCUUCGCUGGAAAGACGGUGCUGGACAUUGGCUGCGGCACCGGCAUCCUGAGCAUGUUCUGCGCAAAGGCAGGCGCUAAACAAGUCAUUGCUGUCGAUCGGUCCGAGAUCAUCGACAAGGCGAGAGAGAACAUCUUUCGCAAUGGUCUCGCAGAGAGCAUAACAUGCCUGAAAGGCAGGAUCGAAGAGGUGACCUUGCCGGUCGCGCAGGUCGACAUCAUCGUCAGCGAAUGGAUGGGCUACUGUUUGCUCUACGAGGCCAUGCUUCCGAGCGUUCUUUGGGCCCGUGACAGAUAUCUGGCGCCCGACGGACUGCUGGUCCCCAGCCACGCGACUCUCUGGAUUGCCCCCGUCUCGGACUCAGAGUACGUCUCUGACCAUGUCACGUUCUGGAGAGAUGUGUACGGCUUCGAUAUGGAAGGCAUGAUGGAGGGCAUCUACAAAGAUGUUCGCGUCGAUGUCUUACCAGAGAAGUCCGUGUGCGGACGGCCGUCCAUGUUCCGCUACCUGAACCUGCACACUGUCACGUCGCAAGACCUUGUCUUCAGCAGCAAGUUCUCCUCCUCGGUCUCGGCGGACGCGGACUCUCUCGACGCCUUUCUUGUCUGGUUUGACAUCUUCUUUGCGCUCUCGCGAGAAGCCGAGAUCGUUCCCGAGGACAUCACUGCUCAAGAGUGGGCUGCGAGAGGAACCGACGUCGUGGCCUUUACUACCGGCCCUUUCAAGACGGAAACCCACUGGAAACAGGGCCUCUUGCUCAACCAGACGAAAACCCCGUCUCCGUUGAAGAGUGGAGAGGUGGUCGAAGGAGAAAUUACUUUCUCGGUGGCCGACGACAAUGCCCGAGCACUGUCACUCCGGGUUGACUGGUCUGAGGGACCCAGGGGGAAGAAGACGCAAACGUGGGCUUUGAAGUAA